AUGGACAAGGGUAUGUGCAGAAUCGAAGCUUCAACAACUUCCAAAAACCACCCAAAUUUAUCCUACAGAAGCAACAAUGUUGAGAACCCUCAAGAUCAGGUCUAUCCGCAGCAAGGAGUGCAGAAUCAGUCAGGAUUUCAGAAGAACUUCUCCAGCAACUUCCAAGGAAAGCAGUUCAUCACCAAUCAAAAUCGAUUUCAUGGUGGAAAUCAGCAGAAGUUGCCUUUCACAAGUCUACAGCCUUCUUCGAGUUCCUUAAAUAACUCGCAGGAUGAGCUGAAAAACUUGAUGCAACAGCUGCUGGUUAAUCAGCAAAAGUCUUCCAUGGAGAUGAAUGCCAAAAUGGACACCAUGUACAACGACUUGAAUGGCAAGUAUGAAGCAGUGUGGACUCAUGUGAAGAAGCUGGAUGUUCAGACUCUACAUUCUGCACCAACAAGCUCUGUCUCAGAAAAGAGGAUGGAAAAGGACGUGGAGCACCUGCUCCAAGAAAAGGAACCAGCUCAUGACGUAAAAAAGACAAAGGAGCACUCUUCCCCCAUCGGAGCACCUGCUCCAAAUUUGGGAGCACCUGCUCCAGACGUAGAUUUGACGAUGGAGCACCCUGAGCCAACGAGGGAGCACCUGCUUCAGCCACCUGCUCCAGCAAACAUUCCUGCAAGAGUUUACACGCCUAAGGUACCUUACCCAGUACCACCAAAGAAGUCUCGCAAGGAUUUAAAGGAGGCAAAGUGCAGGGAGAUGCUGAAGGACUUGACUGUAAAACUCCCUCUAGCUGAUGCUGUUCAGAUGAUACCAGCCCUUAAAAGAUACAUGAAGGGGUUAGUGUCUGGGAAAGCUGUUGAGGAAGAAAGUGUCAUGAUGGUUUCGAAGGAGUGCAGUGCUGUGCUUCAGAACAAAGUGCUGAAGAAGAGAAGUGAUCCAGGAAGGUUUGUUUUCUCAGUCAGGAUUGGGAAUGUGCUGUUUGCAAGGUCUCUAUGCGAUCUGGGUUCAAGUGUGAAUCUGAUGCCUUAUUCUGUAGGCAAGCGAUUGGGUUACACCAGAUUCAAAUCGACGAAAAUCUCAUUGGUGCUCGCUGAUAGAUCAACCAAAUUCUCUGUUGGUAUACUUGAGGAUCUGCAUGUUCAGAUAGGCGAUACACUCAUUCCAGCAGAUUUUGUGGUUCUGGAGGUCGAUGAAGAACCCAAGGAUCCUUUGAUAUUGGGUCGAUCCUUCUUAUGCACAGCUGGUGCAAUCAUAGAUGUGAAAGGAGGAGUGAUAGAUCUCCAGCUGGGAGAUAUGUCGGUGCGAUUUGAGAUGAAUUAG